AUGGAGCAAAAGAUGGAGCAAAAGAUGGAGCAAAAGAUGGAGCAAAAGAUGGAGCAAAAGGUGGAGCAAAAGGUGGAGCAAAAGAUGGAGCAAAAGAUGGAGCAAAAGAUGGAGCAAAAGAUGGAGCAAAAGAUGGAGCAAAAGUUGAGCAAAAGCCAGAUGGCCGAUGAAGAAAUGUCCACGAUGUACUACCGUGCAUUGGGGAAGCUCGUGCUACACGGACGGCGCAAAAAGUCCGAGCCCCACGCAGGAAUAUUACAUAAUAUUCUGCGAGUCGAAAUGUCUGUCUACGAUUAA